AUGCGGUUCCUUUCCACUCUUGUCGCUUCGGCGCUUGUCUCUCUCGGUAAUGCUGCUGCCAUUGCUCGAGGAGAUGUCCCUCCCGUGCCUCAGACCCAAUACGAUGCCAUCAUCGUGGGAGGUGGUCCCGCCGGCCUCGCUGCCUUGAGUGGUCUCGCUCGAGUCCGUCGAAAUGUUCUCCUCAUCGACUCGGGAGAGUAUAGAAAUGCUCCUACUCGACAUAUGCAUGAUGUUCCUGGCUUCGAUGGUGUCACACCUGCGUACUACCGUUGGGCCGCUCGCAAGCAGCUGUCUUACUAUGACACUGUCGAGAUGGAGAAUGGAACCGUCACCGACAUCAAGGCUCGCGACGAGAACACCUGGUUCUCUGUCACCGUCGACUACGGCAACAAGCAGAAGAAGACCUUGACCGCACGCAAGAUUGUCCUCGCCACUGGACUUCGUGACAUCCUCCCCGAGACACCUGGCGUCGAAGAAGCUUGGGGCAAGGGUAUCUUCUGGUGCCCUUGGUGCGACGGCCACGAACAUGCCGAUCAGCCACUCGGCCUCCUCGGCCCUCUGGACAAGGUCGCUGGCAUGGAUCUUCCUAAGUGGGAGGCUUACCUCAAAAUCCACAACGUCACGGUCGACAACCGUACCAUCACCGAGAUUGAGAGAGUUGCCGAGGGAGCCAACGAGCACGCCGACCCCAGUCUUCCCAGUGUUCCCGAGAAUGACUGGUUCAACGUCAAGUUUGACAAGGGAGGGCCCGUCGGCCGAGCUGCGUUCCUGGCCAGCUUCCCCGACGAGCAGCGAUCCGACGUUGGAGAGAAGGCAGGAGUUCAACUUUAUGGCGGUCGUCUGGCUGCUAACCAGUCUGCGGGUCUUGCCACAAAUAUUCCCGGCAUCUACGCCGUUGGCGAUGCCAACUCGGACAACGUGACUAACGUGCCACAUGCUCUGUUCAGUGGCAAGCGAACAGCCGUGUUCCUUCACGUCAAGCUCGAGAGAGAAGACCAGGCCGUGGAGCUUGCCGGAGAGCCUGCCAAGCGUGACACUCACCUGCAGGCACGCGAUGUGUGGGAUACGAUGAACGGCAAGCGGGGAGACAUGCUGUACGCUGGAGAGUUUGAACAGUAA